GAGAGAUUAGUCAUGGUUGCUGACUCGAUCACAGACUCUCAACUCUUCCAUGAGUCUCCGAUUUCGAGAGAUUUCGUCAAGAAACGUAAGGCGAAUUGGUUUUGGAAGCUGAAGCAGUGGAAGAUCGAUGCUCGUCGCAGGCAAUGGAUUUACCAAUGGAAGAGAGCAAGCGUAGGUGAAGCAGGGCUGAGAUCUUUGCGUGACAAGCUGAUUGAUAGAAAUACAGUAAAUGAUACAUACCUUGAAUCUUGGAGUAUUGAUGAUCAUCAUGAUGGACUACGAUGCUAUGAUGAUAGUGAUGACGAUGAGACUGAUCUCUCUGCUAGUAGCCCCACUAGUGUCCUCAAGAACAAAGACUCCGAUAGUAAUAAGAGCGUCCACGGCUGCUUCUGCUGUUCUAAUCAGAUCACCGAGGAAGAGGAAGAGGAAGAAGACGCUUUUGAUGAUGCGUAUGACAACUGGGAAGACUUUAGCGAUGCCUUGAACAGCUUUGAGAGCGACGAAGAUAGCCACAGGAAGAAGAAGUCUUCUCCUCAUAAAGACAAGUGCAAGCAAGAAGCUUCACCAGAGAAGGCGAUUCAUCACAAAAAGAAGAAUAAGAAGAAGAAAAAGUCUGAUCAGAAGAAAGAAGGUGACGGUGGUGAUGAAGAGAUAAGUGAUUGUCCUAUUUGCUCUGAAGAGAUGGAUGCAACGGAUCUAAGCUUCUUACCAUGUCCUUGCGGGUUUCGGCUGUGUCUCUUCUGCCAUAAGCAGAUCAACGAGAACGAUGGACGUUGCCCAGCUUGCAGGAACAAGUAUGAGCAGACGAGUAGUCACAACAGUGGGGAAGUUAGUUUCCAGCAGCGUGCCCGUGGCACAGUUCGUUUGUCUCCAUCGUUUAAAGGACUUUUGACAUAGCUUAAGAGAGAGAAAGAAGAUC